GUUAUUCGAGUUCCGUAAAAUUAUAUCUCGACGGGAGACGUGCUAUAAAUUAAUACCUCAAGAUUAUCCGGUAGAAAUUGUUAAAAAUGAAAAAUAUUCUGAUUGUUCCAUUUUGGAGGGAAAAUUUAUGACGCCUUUUGAACUACAUUUACCCGGUGUAGUCCCAAAAGCCGCUAAAGAAGCAAAUUUUCAAGUGAUAAUACCAAAAAAAUGGAACGACGAACGUUUCAAGCCAAUGUGCAUCCACUUAGCUGGCACUGGAGAUCACUUUUAUUGGCGAAGAAGAAAUUUUAUUGCGAAACCCCUACUUAAGGAUGCCAAUAUUGGAGCCAUAAUAUUAGAAAAUCCGUUUUAUGGAGUAAGGAAGCCCGAUCAACAAGUGCGCUCUAAUUUACAAAAUGUAUCUGACAUAUUUGUGAUGGGUGGAUGUCUAAUACUCGAAUGCUUGGUUUUACUGCAUUGGUGCGAAAGGAAUGGACUUGGGCCACUAGGCAUAACUGGGUUAUCCAUGGGUGGGCAUAUGGCUUCAUUGGCGGCCACAAAUUGGCCAAAACCUCUUGUGCUGGUCCCAUGCCUUUCAUGGUCUACUGCUGCGCCUGUAUUUACAACUGGCGUGAUGAGUCAAUCCAUAAAUUGGGAUAUGCUUGAAACGCAAUACCAUUCCGAUGGUAAAUAUAGUGAACGUUUGUCAAAGAUGGUUACUGUAGUGGAUGAUGCUUUUGCGGCUGGCCAAAAAUUUAUAAAAAAUUUUAACCAAUCAUUGCAAGCGCUCAAAAACGAUAUCAGUGAUACAAGACACGUUCAGGAGCAAGUGUCUGAUAAAAUAGGCAAUAAAUUCAUAGAAAUCAACAAUACAAAUAAGGCAGAAAGCAAUAAUUCAAUUUUCCUAAAUUCAAACAUGAGAAAGGAUGUUGUCAGCAAUAAGGGCAGUCUCCAGUUUAUGAGUGAAAAAUCAAAUAAGGCACUGAAAACUGUACUUCAAGUGCAGAAGGAACAAUCAGCUUUAACAAAACUAAUGAAGUUUAUUUUACCAAUGGCAGCACAAAGUGACAAUAAACGAAUAGAUAUAACAAAAACAAAUUGGUGGGAACGGGAAGCGUUGCAAUUCAUGCGUGGCAUGAUGGAUGAAUGCACACAUCUAAAAAAUUUCUCUGUACCUUUUGAUACAUCUUUAAUAAUAGCUGUUUGUGCCAAGGAUGAUGCUUACGUGCCACGUGAGGGGUGCACAGGACUUGAAGAAAUUUGGCCUGGAGUGGAAGUACGAUAUCUUGAUGCAGGCCACGUGAGUGCCUACGUCUUGCAUCAGAAGCUAUUUAGAUGUUGUAUAAUUGAGGCGUUCGAGAGAUCAAAGAGUAUUUACAAUACGGACAACGGAAGGAUAGGUGAAGAUCUGAAACCAACGUUAACAUAUAAGGAGCUUGUUAACAAAUAUACAAAUUCAAUUUAAUAUUUUUAUGAUGAUAUACACAGUUUUUAUUAACCGAUUUACUCAAACGCAAAUAUAAUGUUAAGCCAUUUUUAUUACCUUGUUGUGUGAAUGAAAUUUUGCGGUAUGAGCGCUGUAACAGAGUUUUGUAAAAAGUUAAAGUUUAAAAUUUUAAUAUAUUAUUUAUAUAUGC